GGCUACUUGACCCGUCAAUCAAACAAGCACGCGGGAACGGUUGCUAGCCUACAUCCAUGCUGCCAGCUUGCUUUCAACAGCUUUAAAAAACAGCUUCUAUCUUGUGUUGUCUCUCACCACUGUGAUGGCCUGUCUUCAACAAGUUAGAAGUGAACAGGAUACUCAGCUGUUGCCUAAUCAGGUUCUCUCAGAGCAGCAGUCAUUGGUUGUUAUAAAGAAGCUUCUGGCCAUCGCAGUGUCUGGCAUCACAUACCUCCGGGGCCUUUUCCCAGAGAAAGCCUACGGCAGCAAAUAUGUUGAAGAUCAGAAAGUGAUGAUCCUUAGAGAGGAGCGCAGUUGUCCCGGUGCCAGUCAGAUUGUUCAAUGGAUGCAGGGAUGCUUUGACGCCAUCCAGAAGAAGUAUCUGCGGACAGUCAUCAUGUCUCUCUACACUGACCCAGAGAACCCCCAGAAGGUGACUGAGUAUUACCAGUUUAGGAUCCAUUACACAGCGAAAGGAACGCAGAUGGAAUUUGAAAUCAACAACAAAAACAAGGUGUCUUCAAUGUCAUGCGGCAACACCAAGAAGGCCAGCAUCCUGCUGGUGAGGAAGCUCUACACUCUGAUGCAGAACCUGGGUCCUCUACCAGAAAAUGUCUGCCUCAACAUGAAGCUGGCUUACUAUGACAAUGUCACUCCUCAGGACUACCAGCCGCCGGGCUUCAUGGAGGCUGAGGGCGACACCAUGGAGUUUGAGAGGGAGCCGGUCAAACUCACCAUGGGCGAGGUGACCACCCCCUUCCACUCUUUGAAGUUUGACAUGGCCACAGAGAGACAGAGACUGGAGCAGGUGGAGCAGAGUGUUCAUGUGACGGAGAAGUGGGUUCUGAAGAUGGAGGAGGAGGGCGUCCUGUCGCAGACUCAUGUGAUUGACGACGUGGAGAAACCUGACAACGAGAACACAGACUUGGACAACACCGAGAUCCAGAUGAGCUGUGAUGAGAAGAUGGAAGAAGAGGACACCACAGAGAUGGUGAAGAAGAUCUCUGACAUGAAGGUGGGCCUGAAGACCAGGAGUGGACGGAUCAUCAUGACCACUACGGAGACAAACCUGACAACAAGGAGCCUGAACAACAAGAAGCCGACAGCUAUGAAGGACAAAACGAUUUCUCAGUAUAACAUCCCCAACAGCCAGGACACGCCGUCCACCUCCGUGCCGAAGAAGAAGCGCAAAUUCAGCGAGCCCAAAGAGCGCUACUGACCUCACACCCCCCUGCUAACACAGCAGCACUGCUGUAUUGAUUUACUCUGAUGUUUUUUUAAAUUUAAAUGUUGAUUACAAGUUACAUCGCUGUUUUUAAAGGGAAUUCCACUCCUUAUUGCAUUAAUGUGGGGGUUUUGAUAUAACACUUUAUUUGAAUGCAACACACAUCUAAAAUGUGGACAGUUUAUUUAAAGACACAAUACUGAUGACUUCAUUAACACAGUUUUUCAAUUGAUUGUUAUGUUUGUUUUACUGUUACUUGUUUACAAAGCAUGUUUUCAUACUUAUUUAGUCAUUCUUAAUUAAAUACAAAAAUGCAUCCAG